AGCCGUGCGAGGAGCGGGCGGUGGCGGCGGUGGCGGUGGCGGCGGCCGUGCUGGGAGCGGAACGCCGUGCAGGUGAUUACUCCUCGCUGGUGAACUAUGGGAGAAAUUGAAGGAACGUAUCGAGUCCUAGAGACUCCAGGAAGCCGAUUAGGGGGCCCGAAUCACACUGGGAUCAGCUCUCUGGAGCCAGGGCAAAGUCUGUCCUCAGCAAUGGCGAAGACAUCAGCCAAACUGCAAGAGAAGGACCUUCCUAUUAAAGUGAAAUUGCUGGACAACACCACUGAAGUACUCCAUGUGGAGCCAAAAUGCUACGGCCAGAUUCUGCUGACAGAGGUGUUUAAGCACUUGAAUUUGAUUGAAUCGGAUUACUUUGGAUUGGAAUUCCAGAAUGUCCAGUCUUAUUGGAUUUGGCUUGAACCAACAAAACCUAUCAUUAAGCAAGUACAAAGGCCAAGGAGCACGCUACUUCGGCUAGCCGUCAAGUUUUUCCCGCCUGACCCAGGACAAUUGCAGGAAGAGUAUACAAGAUACCUGUUUGCCUUGCAAAUCAAGAGAGACUUAGUGGAGGAAAGACUUCCCUGCAGUGACAGCACGGCCGCUCUCCUGACCUCUCACCUCUUGCAAUCGGAACUGGGGGACUAUGAGGAAACUACAGAUCGAGAACACCUUAAAGCAAAUAAAUAUGUGCCCCACCAAGACCGGAUUCAAGAGAAGAUCCUAGAAAACCAUCAAAAACACAUGGGCCAAACACCUGCUGAGUCCGAUUUCCAGGUACUUGAAAUUGCUCGGAAGUUGGAGAUGUACGGCAUCAGGUUUCACCUGGCCUCCGAUCGGGAGGGCACCAAAAUUAAUCUGGCUGUUUCUCACAUGGGAGUACUUGUAUUCCAGGGUAACACCAAAAUUAACACCUUCAAUUGGUCCAAAGUCCGUAAACUGAGCUUUAAGAGGAAAAGAUUUCUUAUUAAACUUCACCCAGAAGUUCAUGGCCCAUAUCAGGAUACAUUGGAAUUUCUCUUGGGGAGUCGAGAUGAGUGUAAGAACUUCUGGAAGAUUUGUGUAGAAUAUCAUACCUUUUUCAGACUUUUUGAUCAGCCCAAGCCAAAAGCUAAAGCAGUCUUCUUCAGCCGAGGGUCUUCAUUCAGAUACAGUGGGAGAACCCAAAAACAGCUGGUGGAUUUUGUUAAAGACAGCGGGAUAAAGAAAAUGCCCUAUGAGAGAAGGCACAGCAAGGCUAGAAUUGCCAGUCGGCCUUUGAAUAAAGAUGUGCCAAAACAGAGCAUCUCCUAUACUGAGGGCUCAAGACUUCCUGGUUCACCGUGUUCUUCAGAUGCCUCAUUUUACUCGGUCCCUGCCUCCUCCAUGAUCCCCACCGACCUGCCCCUUUGCAUGGACAGCAGCAGUUCCUUUGUGGCCUCCAAGGCCCCAUCUGUGAAGGGCCCUCUAGCAGAAAGGAGCAGCGUCACAUCAGCCGAAGAAGUGGACAAGAAAACGGCCCCUCCGUGCGGCUCGCCAAUACUCCAGAGCGGCCCAGGCCUCUCGGACGACAGCUCUCAGCAUUCUAACCUCACGUCGAAGAGUUCCCUGAAUCUGCCCCCAACCUUUCAGGUGGCUCUGAGCCCAGCCGGACGGGGCUCCUCCCCUCUCCUCAGCCCUGUCCUGGGUGAUGCUGGUUGUGUCAGAGUGGAAGAGGAGGAGGAGACGAGGCCCAAGCACACCCCAACGGAUAAGGCCUAUUUCAUAGCCAAGGAGAUUCUGGCGACGGAACGGACGUACCUGAAGGAUUUGGAAGUCAUUACGGUGUGGUUCCGCAGCGCCGUCAUCAAGGAGGAGGCCAUGCCCGGGGCGCUCAUGACGCUGCUCUUCUCCAACAUCGACCCCAUCUACGAGUUCCACAGGGGAUUCCUGAAGGAGCUCGAGCAGCGGCUGGCCCUCUGGGAAGGAGCAGCCGGCGCCCACGAGAAAGGCGGCCCCCAGCACAUCGGCGACAUCAUGCUGAAGAGCAUGCGCGGCCUGAAGGGCUUCACCGGCUACCUUCAGAAGCACGACGAGGUCCUGACGGAACUGGAAAAGGCCACCAAAGGCCUCAAGAAGCUGGAGACGGUGUACAAGGAGUUCGAGCUGCAGAAGGUCUGCUACCUGCCCCUCAACACCUUCCUCCUGAAGCCCAUCCAGAGGCUGCUCUACUACAGGCUCAGCCUGGGCCGCCUCUGCAAGCACUACCCGCCCAGCCACCCCGACUAUCCGGACUGCAAGAGCGCCCUCCGCGAGAUCUCCGAGAUGACGGCCCGCCUGCAGAGCAGCCUCCUCCGCCUGGAGAACUUCCAGAAGCUCACCGAGCUCCAGCACGACCUGAUCGGCAUCGACAACCUCGUCAUCCCGGGCAGGGAGUUCAUCCGGGAAGGCUGCCUGUACAAGCUCACCAAGAAGGGCUUCCAGCAGAGGAUGUUCUUCCUGUUCUCCGACAUGCUGCUGUACACGAGCAAAGGCGUCACGGGCACGAACCACUUCAAGAUCCACGGCCACCUGCCGCUGCACGGCAUGCUGGUGGAGGAGAGCAACAACGAGUGGUCCGUGCCUCACUGCUUCACCAUCUACUCCGUGCAGAAGACCAUCGUCGUGGCGGCCAGCUCUCGCCUGGAGAUGGGCAAAUGGAUGAAUGACCUGAGCCUCGCCAUCGAGGUGGCCAAGUCCGGGGACCGGCCCUCCGUGCUGCUGGACGGCGCCGGCAACAGCAGCGCCUACAGACCCUCUGGCGAGGCCUGUCUAGAGCAGGAGUCGGAAGACGAUGCCCCCCCGCCCCCUAGCUCCCUGGACAGGCAGAGUCCGCACCGGGCCAAUACCACCAUGCACGUGUGCUGGUACCGCAACACCAGCGUCUCCAUGACUGACCACAGUGUGGCCGUCGAGGUACCCCGGCUCGGCCCUCGCCUCCCCCCACUGUCUGCCUGCCCCGGGCCCGUGCGGCCUCCUUUCCUCCUCUGCGGCCAGGGCAGGCAGAGAGCAGGCCCCGCCCUCCUCCCCUCCCCCUCCCUGUACCUGGCCGCAGGCGCCCCGGGUCCCCCCGCCCCCCCCGAGGCCUCAGCGCGCUCCGCCUCCGGGGGUCCCCAUGGCGACCCUCACUUUCGGCUCGCGGUGCCCAACACGGACAGGGGCGGCUGCGGCCCCAACUCGAUCCUUGGCCCCGGCUCCGGCUCUGCUCCCGCGGCGGUUGGAGACAGAGAAAGCCAGGGCGGUGGAGGAGCAAGGAGGGGGUGGGGUGGAGACAAGAGAGCGCCACGGCGCAGGCGUGCGAGCCCUCUAGCCUUCUGGGAGCUGUAG